UGGGUGACGCGUAAGCCUGCACAGUCGCCGCUACCUUCGCGUAAACGAGCGGCGAACAUACGAGCGUGAUACUCCCUGAAGAUAUCUUCGCGACGGAGGAAAAAUCGACAAGAUAUAUAUGCUCUCUGCUCCACUUUUGAGUAUAAAUUAUCCAAAAUCGUGGAAUCGGCGGACCAGUCGUGCAACGUGGAAAAUCAAGGGACGAUGGUGAUGUUCGAUCAGCGGAACUGUCCCCUUCACUUAUUCGCGAAACACAGUAAAUUCGCCGAGUAGAAACGCGCAAAAGGACAUAACCUGGAGAACCCGAGGGACUGGUGGCGAAGAUGUCUGAUGAUUUAUUACCAGAAUGGCUGAAUUUGUUUCUUGACGACUUCGAAACGAGCCUCUGCUUGCCGAUCCUCAUGGUGAUGAUCCUGUGCACCGCUCAGUUUGUGUUCAAUCACCUCUUCGACAUUGCGCAUACAAUUUACCGAAACGCGAAGCUCAUGGCGGCGGAAGGAGCGCCAAAACAGAACAAUAUGAUGGGAAAGCUGAAAGGUAUUUUGACCACCUUCGGCGGCGGCAAUGCCGGCACGACUGCGAUACCAAGCUCACCUUCGCCGGCGGUCGGCGCCGAAGAGGAAUGGGACUAUUGCGAGGACUAUUGCGAGCUUGAAUAGCGUGAAUCCUUCCUUUCUUCCCUCCUUCCUUCCUCCCUCCCUCCCUCUCUCUCUCUCUCCCUCCCGCCCUUCUGUGUGCCG